AUGUCUCCAAGUGCAGUUACAGCCACUAAUGGCAUCGGAAUUGCAAACUUACCGAACCAACGUCACAAGAUUGUAGCCAAGAGAGGAACCAACUUUACCUUGAUGGUUGUUGGUGAGUCCGGCCUCGGAAAAACCACUUUUAUCAAUACUCUUUUUACGACUACCAUUAAGGAAAAGAAAAAUCAAGCUAAACGACAUGCUAAGCAAACCGAAAAAACAGUCGAAAUUGAAAUAACAAAGGCUGAAGAAAAAAUGUUUAAUGUAAAACUUACAGUCAUCGAUACUCCUGGGUUUGGUGACUAUGUUAACAACCGAGAUAGUUGGUUACCAAUUGUCGAAUUUAUCGAUGACCAACAUGAGUCAUAUAUGCGUCAAGAACAGCAGCCGCAUCGUAAAGAGAAAUUGGACAUGCGUGUUCAUUCUUGCCUUUAUUUCAUUCGCCCAACUGGACACACCUUAAAACCUUUGGAUAUUGAGAUUAUGAAGCGUUUGGGCUCCCGCGUGAAUUUAAUUCCAGUCAUUGCUAAGGCUGACACUUUGACACCCAAAGACUUAGAAACAUUUAAGAGAAGA